CUACUUCUAUUUAAAUAUAGGGGCGGUGUUAAAAUCUAUGCUCUUAGCGGCAUGAGCAAUGGGAAAAUGAAAUGAAUGCGGUUCUUAUGAUGACAUUGUGAAAUGUAGUUAAUCUGUCUGGUUUGAUAGGAGUUCCAUCACGCAUCAUUCCUCGUCGGGAGGCGUUUGUGCUUUCCAAGUUCUGACUUAGAAGCAUCAGCUGCACGGUGCACCUGGCUACAAACAAGUAAUUGCUAUUAUUAGGCCUGCCUUACACUGCUUUGUCAGAAGGACUGAAGCAAGUUCAAGGAAAUAGAAAUAAUGAACUACUAGUGGUGUAUACAGUAGGCACCCCAAACAGACCGCCGAGGCGAGAAAGUCUGUAUACGUGACAAAAGAACCUGCUUGUGUUUUUACUUUCUUCUAAUAAGUCCAGGACACCACCCAUGGUUCAGAAUGAAGAAGUUCUUGUUAGUGGAGCCGUGCCUCGCUCUUUACUCAUUUGCAGUUAUACUGACCUAUAUCUUGGUACAACAGUAUGUCUAUCAAAGGUUGUGGAAAGAAAUGAACAAUGCUACUGUUCAUGAAUCCGACAACAGUUCACUCUGCAAUCAAAACACCAGUGAUCCAAGCUAUAUAAAACAGCAGGAGGUCCAGAAGCGAACAUCUCUCUUUUAUAUGUAUUUGGAGUUAACUGGACUGAUUCCAAGCCUGGUAGUUACCCUGAUCAUUGUUGCAUACAGUGACCAUCGUGGACGCAAAAUAACUAUCCUGCUGCCCUUGCUUGGUGCUCUUCUCACCAGUGUGAUCUAUUUUUGUGUGUCAUACUUUUCACUGGAUCUCAAUGCUUUUUUUGCAGUUUAUUUAAUUAAUGGAUUUCUAGGUGGCUUGGCAACCUUUCUUGGUGGAUGCUUUGCAUAUGUGGCUGACCUUUGCAACGACCCAAAGCAGAAGAACAUGCGCAUGGCACUUGUAGACAUGAUAUUUGGCUUACUAGGUGGUAUUGCAUCUCUUACUUCUGGUUAUUUUGUAAAUGCAGUAGGGUUUUCUUGGCCGUUUUUAAUUGCUAGCUUGCUUCAUUUUAUAAAUAUUAUAUAUGUUAUUUUUUUUCUUGAGGAGACUGUUCAUGUAGAAGAAAGUCAGCAAAUGGCAUCCAGUCUGGAAUAUAUAAAAGAUUUAUUUUCUGGAGUAUUUCUAAUGUUUAAAACUUCGGCAUUCAAUAAACGUCUUUUAAUAAUUCUAAUGCUUAUUGCUUUCAUGACCUACAACUUUGCAAAUGUAGGCGGUGCUUCCCUCUUCACACUUUAUGAGCUGAACACUCCUCUCUGCUGGAACACAGUUCUUAUUGGCUAUGGCUCAGCUUUGUCAACCCUUGUGUUUGUUACCAGCUUUCUUGGUGUCGCCUUACUGUCGCAUUUUAUGAGGAACAUCUACAUUGUGUUAAUCGGAAUGUGCUCCUCUAUUGGAGGGCUGAUCUGUACUGCAUUUGCUAAAACCACACUUGUAAUGUUUCUAGUGCGGCUACCUUCUCUUCUGUCAAUAAUGCCUCUUCCAGUGCUACGGUCCAUGAUGUCAAGAAUUGUGUUACCUAGUGAGCAGGGUGCUCUGUUUGCUUGUGUGGCGUGCCUUGAAAGUUUGAGCACUACAGUUUCACUGGCUGUGUUCAACAGUAUUUAUGCAUCCACGGUUUUGUGGUUUUCUGGGUUUUCAUUCAUUUUAGCUGCUGCUAUAUGCUUAAUUCCAUUUUGCAUUAUAUGGUAA